AUGGAUCAACCAAGUGUUAACUUUUUUGGUCGAGUUAUCCCAAAAGAUGUUUUCUUUGUUCGUUUAUUUUAUUUACUUUAUUUUGCAUCAUUUGGCUCAUUAUUUCCUUUAUUAGCUGUUUAUUUUAAACAACUCGGCCUUUCAGCUGCCCAGGCAGGAAUUCUUUUAGGUUCUAGACCUAUCGUUGAAUUUGUUGCAAGUCCUUUUUGGGGAAGUUUUGCUGAUCGGUUUAAAAAAGUUAAAUUACUUUUAUUAUUUUCUGUUGGAUCAAUGAUUGUUUUCACUUUAGCUGUUGGUUUUGUGCAACCCUUAACCCCUUAUUGUGUUGUACUUGACAAAAACAAUACUGGAGGGGAAUGUAAAUUUUUGGUUCCAGCAAGUAAAAUAAUUAGAGGUGGGGCUCUGGGGUAUAUUAAAAAAGUUGCUGAUAUUGGAAGAAGGAGAAAAAGAGAUAUUCUUUCAAUAAUUGAUUUAUCAACUUUUGAUAAUAAUGAUGAUUUUGUUUAUGGAAAAGCACCAGAAUAUAUAACAAAAGAAAAAGUUUGUGAUUAUGAUGAAAAUCUUUAUGGAGUUCUUGUAUCACCUCCCCACAGCACAAGAGUUUAUCGAGAACAGGCUGUAGAGCAAGCUUUUAUGCUUCUUUGGUUACUUAUUGCUUUAGGAGAAUUUUUCUCUUCCCCUACACUGCCAUUAGCCGAUAGUUACACGUUGAGUUUAGUCACUGAAACUCCAAAAGAUUUUGGAAAAUUUCGAUUAUAUGGAAGUGCCGGUUGGGGAUUUUCAAUGCUUUUAAUGGGCAUUGGACUGGAUUUCUCUGAUACUUUUCAUAAUCACCCAUGCCCUACUAAAAAUACAACAGAACGAAAUUAUACUUUAUGUUUUGUAACAUGUACUUUAUUUGCCUUAACUUCAAUGGCCAUAAUUACACAAUUCCGUUUUCCCCAAUCUUCAGAACAACAUCGACCAGAUGAAGUUAAUGGUCUAGUUAUGGAUACACGAAUUGAAGAACUUGACCCAACAGUUGCACAAAAAACAAGAGCAAAGCAAUUAAAUGCAAAAACAGAGGAGGGGACAGAUUGGAAAAAUGCAUUAAAGGCAAUGUUGUUAAAUAUCCAUUUUGUUGCUUUCCUUCUUGGAAUUAUUUGUAUCGGAUUUGGGGCUGGAAAUGCUUUUGCUUUCCUUUUUUGGCAUUUACAAGAUUUGGGGGGUUCUCCUUCACUUUUUGGAAUGGCUUCUGUUGCAAAUCAUGCAGCUGAAAUUUGUUCUUUUUUCUAUGCUUUUAAAGUUAUUAAUAAACAUGGAUAUAUUAAAACUUUGUAUAUUUGUUUAGGGACUAAUGUUGCUAGGUUUUUAAUUCUUUCUUGGAUUUCUAAUCCUUGGCUAGUUCUUCCUCUUCAAAUACUUCAAGGAAUUGUACAUUCUAUUAGUUGGGCUAUGGCUACAUCUUAUGUUUCAAUUGUUUCUCCUCCACAUUUAAAAGGAAAUAGUCAACAUAUUUUAACAAUAUUUUAUCACGGUCUAGGUCGUGGUGUAGGUCCUAUAAUUGGUGGAUUUUUUAUUCGUUCAUAUGGAACACGUGCUUGGUUUGCUCUCCUAGCAUUUAUUACUCUUUGCAUUUUGGGAGCUUUUUAUGCCGUUAAUUUAAAAUUAAAAAAUGCAGCAGUUAAAUAUGGAGGUUUUGAUGCUUUUGAUGAUGAAGUUGGGGGUGGGGGGAAUUUAGCCCCUCAAGGGUUACCAAUGCAUCGAUUAGGUGAUAAUAAAAUAACUGAAGCAUUUAACCAAACACCGGUUGCUAGUCAAAGCUAUGGAGCUUUAGAUGGUUUGGCAACAAAUAAUGGUAAUACAAGAGAUGAACGUGAUGAUGCUUAUGAUAGAUAUGUUACUGGAAAAAAUUAA